AUGACGUCAAAAGGUGACGUCAAUGCAACCGCUCUCUAUAUAUCCAUAGAUAUUAUACAAAAUAGUCCCCAGGUUUGUCCUUAUGGUUUGUAUGCUGAACAAUUGUCAGGGACUGCCUUUACUUGUCCAAGGGAAACUAAUAAAAGAAGUUGGUUGUAUCGUAUCAGACCAUCCGUUGGUCACACUCCAUACAAACCUCUUGAUGAAGGAAGAGUUGAGAGUGACUUUUCAAAAUGGCCACCCAAUCCUAACCAGUUCCGCUGGCAACCUUUUAAAAUACCUGAAGAGAAGACCGACUUUGUUCAAGGGCUGAAUACAAUAUGUGGAGCUGGUGACCCUAAGUCAAGGAAUGGCAUAUCAGUCUAUAUCUAUUUAUGCAAUACUUCAAUGACAGACAAGUGUAUGUAUAAUGCUGAUGGAGACUUUCUGAUAGUUCCACAAGAAGGGCCCCUUCAUAUAUACACUGAAUUUGGACAGCUUUAUGUUCAGCCCAAUGAAAUUGUUGUCAUUCAGCAAGGGAUGAAGUUUUCAGUGAAUGUGUCUGGCCCCAGCAGAGGAUACAUUCUUGAGGUAUACAAUGGACAUUUUCAGUUGCCUAAUCUUGGACCAAUUGGAGCGAAUGGUUUAGCAAAUCCACGAGACUUCUUGUCUCCUGUUGCGUGGUAUGAGGACAGAGAUAAUAUAUCUUAUAAUGUUGUUGGGAAAUUUCAAGGAAAACUCUUCACUUGUUCUCAAGAUCAUUCACCUUUUGAUGUGGUUGGUUGGCAUGGUAAUUACGCACCGUUUAAAUAUGAUUUGUCUACUUUCAUGGUAAUAAAUACAGUGUCAUUUGAUCAUGCUGAUCCAUCCAUAUUUACUGUCUUGACGUGCCCUAGCAACACUCCUGGUGUGGCUGUCGCAGAUUUUGUUAUAUUCCCUCCUCGCUGGUCAGUGGGAGAGCAUACCUUCAGGCCUCCUUAUUAUCACCGUAAUUGUAUGAGUGAGUUUAUGGGUAUCAUAAGUGGAGUCUAUGAUGCUAAGAAGGACAAUCGACCAGGAGGAGCAACACUCCAUAGCAUGAUGACACCACAUGGACCUGAUGCAGCAAUGUUUAAGAAAGCUACAACGGAUGAACUGAAACCUUUUAAGCUGGAGAAUAACAUGGCCUUUAUGUUUGAGUCUUCAUUCAGUAUGGCUGUUACACAAUGGGGAGAGAAAGAUUGCGGUACUUUAGAAGAUGCUUAUUUCAAGUGUUGGGCUGGAAUUCAGAAAUAUUUUGAUCCUAACAAUAAAUAAGAAACUUGUAUUAUACUUGCUGUUCUGAUUAUUAUCAUUUGAAUUACAAA